UAAAGAGAGACAGAGAGAGCGGACUCACAACUUCCUUGCCAGAAGUGAAUAAAGAAGAGGAAGAAAGCAGCUGCCUGCAAGACAGAACUUUACCAACCCUUACAGACAAGGCAGUAGACGAUGGUGCGUGCAAAGACCUGGAUCCUGAGGAAGCACUUUGAGGGGUUUCCUAAGCAUAGUGAUUUCGAACUGAAAGAGACAGAAUUGCCACCGCUGAAAGAUGGAGAGGUGCUGCUUGAAGCUACGUUCUUUAGUGUUGACCCCUACCUGAGACCAUACAGUAAAAUCAAAAUGAAGGAAGGGGACAAAGUUAUUGGCUCCCAGGUUUCAAAGGUCCUGGAGAGCAAGAAUCCCAAAUAUCCAGUGGGUGCAUUUGUAGUCUCUCAGUCAGGCUGGACAACACAUUUAAUUUCUGAUGGCAAAGACCUGUCGCUAAUUCCUUCUAACUGGCCCCAAAAUCUUUCCAAAUCUCUGGCUCUUGGGACAGUUGGGAUGCCAGGGCUGACUGCCUACUUUGCCUUGUCUGAGAUCUGCCGGAUAAAACCAGGAGAGAUCAUCAUGAUAAAUGCGGCUGCUGGUGCUGUGGGCACUGUAGUAGGGCAGCUUGCUAAACUCAAGGGUUGCAAAGUGGUCGGCUGUGCGGGAUCUGAUGACAAAGUGGCCUUCCUAAAAAAACUUGGCUUUGAUGAAGUCUUCAACUAUAAGACAGUGGGGUCAUUGGCAGAGGCCUUGAAGAAAGCUUCCCCAGAAGGCUAUGACUGCUAUUUUGAUAAUGUGGGAGGAGCAUUUUCCAGUGUUGUUAUGGAGCAAAUGAGGAAAUUUGGGAGAAUUGCUGUGUGUGGCAUGAUCUCGUUGUACAAUGACACAGAACCCCAGCAAGGACCCUACAUCCAGUGGCAUAUACUCAUGAAAGAACUAUGCAUGGAAGGCUUCUUAGUUCAGCGCUGGGAAAACAGGAAGGAUGAAGGUGUGAUGGCCUUGUUGAAGCUGGUGGUAGAGGGAAAGCUAAAGUGCCCUGAACACAUCACUAAAGGCUUUGACAACCUGCCAAAAGCAUUCAUGGGGAUGCUGAAAGGAGAAAACACUGGGAAAGCCAUCGUACAAGUUUAAUUAUGGCCUGGAUCCUUCCUCCAAACAAGGCAGCACAACGCAUGUCGACUUGCAGCUUUUUAUAUUGCAGAUUAAAUUGCAGAUUGCUUUCUUGCUAGAAGCUCAAAUCAUACACGUAUUAGCUCAUCUGUAAGUUUUUUAAAAACUGAGUAUAUCUUGAUUAUGGCAAAAACCUAAGGGAAACAAGUUUGUCACAUUAAUUCCGAGGACCAAAGUUAAUGUGAAGGAUGGAGAUCCAGGAGUUUUUUUUAAAAAAAAUGAUUAACUAUUUUAGUAAGAGACAGAGAAAGGAAAAUACUAAGUCCUUUCUCACCGUUUUCUCCCUGUGAGAAUCUGAACACCCUUCCUUAAAUGCAUAUCCCAAGAGAAGUUACUUUGAUAGCAGACAGGAAUCAAAAGGCAAAAGGAGGUGAACCAUUUAUUCUGGCCUAAGGGAGGCAUUGUAUUUAAGAUACAAAUUUUAUGAUUGUAAUAUUUUUUUGUUCCAUUAAAAAACUUGAGCUCAAUCUUGAGAAAUUCUCAAAUUUCAGAAAUAGGCGACUAAAAGGCAUAACUUGCUUCAAUAUAUUGUAUGACAAGAUAUUGAACACAGGCGUGAUAACACCAACCUUUCAGAAAUGAAUUGGAAAGAUGUAAUUUAGAGCAUUUGUAAUUCUGGGGAGCUGUUAAAAGGUGAGCUGGUAAUGGAGUUUUUGUGGUGGGGGUUAAAGUAGAUUAUGAAUUUGAAAUAAGAUGUGAGCUGAUGAGUAGAGAUAUUUUCAAAUAGCAUUUAUUCAAUAAACCAUUAUUUUGUUAACUUUC